AAGCAUGGAUGACUUCACAUACUGAAAGAAUGGGGGAAAAGUUUUCGGGGCGAGCUCGUCGUUCCAGAAUAGGUUUAAUAUUCACGACAAAUCCAGCCUGCAAUCGUAUUGUAAGAAUCCCAUCGGUCCUGAUUUAUGUAGUACGUUCAUUCUAAACAUCGAGCGAACAUGGCUUCACAAAAAACAUUUUGUAUAGUUACAGGGGCAAGCAGGGGCAUCGGUCGUGCAAUUGCUAUCACUUUUGCUAGGUCAUUUUCUGCGGAGUCUCGGAUUGUCGUGACAGGACGAUCGGUGGAGGCCUUGAACGAGACCAAGCAAAUGAUCCAGGCCGCUGCCCCCGGGGUUCACUGCACGGUUGUCAUCGCCGAUCACUCGGAUGAGGAUGGUAUGUCAAACACUAUGUCUGAGGUCACAAAAGAUGUCAAUCCAGAAGAAUUUCAGCGAUGUCUCCUCAUCAAUAAUGCUGCUAGCUUGGGAGAUGUGUCACGUUAUGCUCGCCAGUUGGACGCUUCUGACCUGAGCAGGCUGCAAAAAGUAUGCAUGUUGAAUGUUACUUCGGUGAUGCUUCUGACCUCGCACUUUCUGAAGACCUUUCCACGGAGGGACGGACUGUCCAGGACUAUCGUGACCUUGUCAUCGCUCUCUGCUUUGGUACCAUUCGCCAGUUGCUCUGUUUACUGCAUGACACAGGCAGCUAGACUCAUGCUCUUCAAGACCAUAGCUUUAGAGGAACCCGAUGUUCGAGUAUUGAGCUAUAACCCAGGCCCGGUGGACACGGCAAUGUUCAAAGACAUGCAGACCAACAGUGCCAGCUCUGAAUGCAGGAAGAUGCUAGAAGUUACUGAAAGCGAACAGAAGUUGCUCCAGCCGGAUCAAACCGCUUCAAGGCUGCUCAGCAUCUUGGAGAAGGAUGCAUUUGAGUCCGGGGCUCACGUUAGUUACAACGACGACUUGGCAGAGACGGUCGGUAACUUACGCAAGAAGUAGGUUUCAUCUUUCACAUUUCGUCUCAUACCCGCUGCACGCACCAAUCGCUCCAACGGGGUGUGUACAUCCAGAUUUCCUUGGAUUUAGAGCUCUCGGGUUAAACUGGACUUCUAAUAGCAUGCCAGAGCCUAUAUUAAAAAAAUUAGGAAGAUCUAGUAAAAAAAUAUACUUAAGCAAUACUUGAUAAUAGAAAAUAAAUAUAAAAAUCUUUCUGUGCGAUUUUUUUUUUAUUUUAAGUUGUUUUUUUAAAUCUGUUUACACGUAAUAUAUAAGUAAGAAAGGAGAUGAAAAAGGGGAGUUCGUGGUUGCAUAUAAACUGAACAUAAAUGUAACGAAGAACCAUCGAUGGUUUAUAACUCAAUCACAAUUCACGUGACACAUACAUCUGAGCGCCAGAGAGAGAGAGAGAGUGGAUGAGGGUGGUGAGACUGGGGACAGGAGAGAAACGGGGAACAGACGGUCAGCAAGUUGAACCCCCCCCAAAAAAAAAAAAAAAUUAUUCACGAUUCUCUUAGUUCAUUUAUUCACGGAAGGAAAAGAUAAAAAAAAAAAUACAGUACCAUUCGUCUGUACUAUGCCAAUUUGGAUAGUUUGUCACCCUAUUCAUGAUUUAUGCAGUUGUAUAAAUUUACCAUACAGUAUUACCGAUAGUCAUCAACAGUAAACCAAGGGUAUUAAACUAGGAAAAGUAUCCAAAAUGCAUAAAAUGUAUUACUACAGCAUAUUGUGAAGUAUAAUGUCAAGUUCUGAUAUGACGGAGGUCAACACAUGAUGUAAAAAAUUGAUGCAUAUAUUCUUCCAAUGGAUAUCGAAUCAGUGGAUUCCCGAUCAAAGUAGGAAAAUAUGUAAAAUGGAUCAUAUGUUCCUGUAUAUGUUUUACUUCAUCAUAUCCAGUUUUUGUGCGGUACAAUUUCAAAUAAGCAUGUGUUGUUGUAUGAAUAUAUCACUGCUUAUGCUACCAAUAGAUAUCAAAUUAAUGGAUUCCAAAAUCUAUUUAGACCGCUUAUGACGUCAAAUUAAUGGAUUACUCUGAUAACGCCAAUAAUGAGGGUAACUUCUCUCUUUUGUCAUGACUUCUGUAGAUUAUUGCGUCAUUUAUAGUGUGUCAUCCUCCAUGCUCAGACACAAUCAGUCAAUGUAAUAAAACAAGUUGAUUAAACAAAUCAAACAAGAACACUGACAAUUUCAUCUGAAAAAGAUCUGUGUGUAAUCGUCCAUUUCUCUCCCUCCUUCGACUGUAAGUCUUUGCUUUGUAUUAAAAUGUUUCACUCAUUAAAAAAAAAAUUAAUGAAACGUUUCUUAAAGAUGGACAUUCCUUAUUAGUUCUACAGUCAACCCCUCAUCAUACAGACCAGUUUUGUUUUGAUACUACUUUUGUAGACUUCUUCUUGUAUGCCAUACAAAAUAUAAUUUAUGCAAUGAUAGCCCAUUGAAAGGGCAUUUGUUCUUUUUUGGAAGCCCUCUGAACUACACUCGAGUUUUGGUUAAAAUGGGGUGAAUAUGAAUACAGAUCUAGCUACCACGGAGGAAUACCACCACGCUCCAAACAUGGUAAUAUUAAUAUGAUGAGAUACAUGUGUGGUGGCCGAAUCCAGGAUUUCGUAGGGAGGGGGCUCAAAUUUGACAUGAUUUCGGCGCCCCUGUGUACUUUUUGAAAAAUUGCGCCCCCUCCACCCCCGCCAGGCAAACAUAAGUGCUUUAAAUGCGUGUUGAAUUAUCUCAUUUCAUAGUCACAUGUAAAAAAAAAAAAAAUUAAGAUCACUAUAUUUGAUGAUGUGUUCGUGAAGAGAAAAAAAAAAUCAUGAAUGUAUGUAAUAUCACUUUUUUAAUAUCAAUUCGGCACCUCCCUAGUUAGAACAUCGGUUUGGCACAUCUAGUUAGAACAUCAAUUCGGGGCCCCUCGUUCGAACAUCAGUUCGGCUUCCCUACUUCGAGCAUCAGUUUUGUGCCCCCUAGUUU